GGCCGGGGCUGGGCCUGGCUCCGGGGCUGGGGCUCCGUCCCGCAGCAGCCAUGAGCUUCGGCUUCGGGUCGGGCGCGGCGGGCAGCGGCUUCGGUUUGGGCACACCGAAGACGACCGGCACCACGGCCACGACGGGCUUCUCGUUCUCCACGCCCGCCGCCUCGGGGGGCUUCAGCUUCGGCAGCACGGCCCAGACGCCGGCCAGCAGCCAGCCCUUCUCCUUCAGCAAGCCGGCCGCCGCCACGCAGCCCCCCAGCUUCAGCUUCGGGACGCCGACCACGGCGACUGCGGCUCCCACAACCACCGUGUUCCCUCUGGGGAUGAAUGCACCAAAGUUAAGCUUUGGAGGCAGUGCUACAACACAAGCUACUGGAAUCGCAGGGGGCUUUGCAUUUGGUAGGUCUGCACCAACCAGCGUGGCCUCGAGUCAAGCAGCAGCCCCUACUGGCUUUGUGUUUGGAUCUGCUGGCACCACCACCAGCAGCAGCAGCAGCAGCACCACCACAGCUCAGUCUGGGACAACUGGAGGAUUUACUUUUUCCAGUGGUAGCACAACUCAGGCUGGCACAAGCACCUUCAGCAUCGGCACCGCAGCUCCCCAAGCACCAUCCAGCGGGCUGACCUUUGGGACAGCAACUGCUGCCACCACUGCUGCCACCUUGGGAACUGCAACCCAGUCAGCAGCCCCCUUCAGUCUUGGUGGACAGACCACAGGUCUAAGCUUUGGAUCAUUGACUUCAACAGCAGCCACUAGUGCACCCACAGCAACGCUGACUGCCAGUACCAGCCAGGGACCUACUCUGGCCUUUGGAAGCAAACCUGGAGUAACAUCCACAGCUGCCACAACUGCAGCCACCACCACAACCUCCAUUCUUGGCACAACAGGGCCUACCCUGUUUUCAUCUAUAGUGAGUUCUUCAGCACCGACGUCGUCUACCGCCACAGGCCUCUCACUUACUGCCCCUUCCACUGGGACAGCCAGUCUUGGAUCACUUGGCUUUGGACUGAAGGUUCCUGGAACAACAGCUGGUACAACAAGCACUGCCACUAGCACUACUACUGCUUCUGGCUUUGCUUUGAAUCUUAAGCCAUUAACUACAGCUGGUGCCAUUGGAGCUGUGACUUCUGCAGCUGCCAUCACCACCACCACAGCCAGCAGUGCCCCUCCAGUGAUGACUUAUGCCCAGCUGGAGAGUGUGAUAAACAAGUGGAGCCUGGAACUGGAAGACCAAGAGAAACACUUCCUUCACCAAGCCACACAAGUGAACGCCUGGGAUCGGACGCUGAUAGAGAAUGGAGAGAAGAUUACUUCAUUACACAGAGAAGUAGAGAAAGUGAAACUUGAUCAGAAGAGACUGGAUCAGGAGCUAGACUUCAUUCUAUCACAGCAGGAAGAGCUUGAAGACUUGUUGACCCCUCUGGAGGAGUCUGUGAAGGAACAGAGUGGGACCAUCUACUUGCAGCAUGCGGAUGAAGAACGGGAGAGGACCUUUAAACUGGCUGAAAAUAUCGAUGCUCAGUUGAAGCGGAUGGCACAAGACCUGAAGGACAUCACUGAGCACCUGAACACAUCCCGAGGCCCAGCAGACACCAGCGACCCGCUUCAGCAGAUCUGUAAAAUCUUGAAUGCUCACAUGGAUUCACUGCAGUGGAUUGACCAGAACUCAGGUGUGGAAAUGGCACAGAAGUCGUGGGAGAUGAAAUGCAAAGCAGGAGAUGCACUCAACAGUGAAAACUCGAUGGUGUAGUUACUGUUGUUUCUUGUCCUGGAUUCACCCUUUACUAGUAUACCCCGGUACCAUACCCAAUCAAGAAAGGAAGUUUUCGGAAGGGAGCGCCUCCUUGUGAGGGAUUCGGGAAUUGUGCACGGGUUUGGUGUGAUGUUUGCCGCCACAGGGGGGCAUGGCAGAACAAAGCAGGACAAAGCAGGGCUCCUCUCACCAGCACGGCAUCCCUCUGCCUGCCUGCAGUGCUGUGAAAGUGCCCGCUCCCAGUACACUUCUAGAGCGAAAGCGGGCAUCCUGCUGUGUUCAAAUAGGAGUGUUGGCUUAGGGCAGGGACUGAAACAUAUGUGUGAACUUUCCCACAUUCCAAACCUGCCUUCACUGGGAAAUCUGCUGCAGCUCCUGUGGCAGCAGAAUUCUGACUUUACAGAACUUGUGUGCAAAUAGCAACCUGCUUCCUUUAGAUUUCCCUAGAAGGGAGACCCAUUUUUUCCACCCAUUCAGUACCAAAGAAGCUGCCUUAUCAGUUAACAGUGAUUCAUUGUGUUUGCUGGGAAAUGUACAACUAAAGGAAGAGUUGAGCUGUGGUUCACCUUCAAACAAGAAGGAAGCAAUAUGGCUAAGAAAUUGCAAGGUUUUAAAAGAGGUUAAUGCAUCUGCCUGCUUCUGUGGGGUUCUUGGAGAGGAGCUUCUGUUGCUGUGUGCACUUAGUGGAAAAAUGAUACCAUGUUGGGGUAAGCCUUCACACAGCCUGGGAAGGAAACAUUCCUUAACUUGUUUUUUGUCUUAGGAAACCAAAUCAAAACCCCACAAAACUAGAACUAGGACAUCUGUGCUGUAGGUGAUAUUACCAGGUUUGUCUCCUGUGGAACACCUCCAGGACUGUUUCCCAACAGCCAGUUUCUGGGCACACUCAUAUUCACAGAGUCUCAAGGGCUGGAGGGGGGCUGCAGAGUUCAUCCAGUGCAACCCCCCCAGCCAGAGCAGCAGCACCUAGAGUAGGGCACACAGGAACCAGCUGGGUUGGAAUGUCUCCAGAGAAAGAGCUUCCACAGCCCAUCUGGGCAGCCCCUGCCAGCGCUGUCUCACCUCAACAGGGAACAACUUUGUCCUUGAAAAGUGACAAACUGAAAUGUGUUGCUUCAUCUCUUACUGCCAUAUUCUGGGUUUGGCAUGCUGCACAACAUAAACCCCAGCCUGGACUGGCUGUCUCCAAGCCCCAGGCUGUAACAUCAUGCUGUGGCCCUGUUGGAGAGCCUCUGAUAAGCUUUCACAGAAUGAAAUUAGAAAUUGCCUUAGCUUGUGCCCAGGAUGUUUUGUACCUUGCCAUGACUGGUGCAUUUAAACUUGCUGAUCAGUCAGUGUCUUCUGUGUAUCCAAAGCAGAGAUGUGCAAAUAACAGCUGAUCUGUGUUGUGACUGCUAGUGCUCUGCAGCCUUUCUGUGCACUCACACCAUCCUCCUUUUUGCUGGAUAUGCAGUGUACAGCUUGUUAUGGCUGUGUGACACCUUGCCAGAAAAUGUCUGUAUACUUCUCACUGCCAGUCAGUGGGGUCUCAACCAGCUUCAGAAUUGGGCACAGAGGAACCUGCUGAGGUUCACCAAGGGCAAGGGCAGAGUCCUGCAGCUGGGGAGGAACAACCCCCUGCACCAGGCCAGGCUGGGGAUGACCUGCUGGAGAGCAGCUCCAGGAGACAGACCUGGGAGUGCUGGGUGAUAAGAAACUGCCCAUGAGCAGCAACGUGGCCUCGUGGGCAAGAAGCCAAUGGCAGCCUGGGGGCAUCCAGCAGAGUGUGGGCAGCAGGGCCAGGGAGCUUCUGCUCCCUCUCUGCUCUGCCACAUGUGCUGAGGCCUCAGCUGGAGUCCUGUGCCCAGUUGUGGGCUCCCCAGCUGCAGAGGGACAGGGAACUGCUGCAGAGAGGCCAGUGCAGGGCCACCCAGAUGCUCAGGGGACUGGAGCACCUUCCUUCUGAGGAAAGGCUGCGGGCCCUGGGGCCGUUCAGGCUGGAGAAGAGGAGACUGAGGGGGGAUCUUGUUAACAUUUAUAAAUAUCUCAAGGGUGGGUGUCAGGAGGUUGGGACAUCCCUUUGUUCUGUAGUAGCUAGUAACAGGACAAGGGGUGAUGGGAUGAAGCUGGAACAGAAAAAGUUCCAUUUAAACAUAAGAAAAAACUAUUUCCCUGUUGAGGUGAGGGAGCCCUGGCCCAGGCUGUCCAGAGGGGUUGUGGAGGCUCCUUCCUUGGAGGUCUUUGAGACCCACCUGGACAUGUUCCUGUGUGACCUGACCUAGGUGAACCUUCUUCUGCAAGGGGGUUGGACUAGAUGAUCUCUAAAGGUCCCUUCCAACCCUACCAUUCUAUGAUUCUAUGACUCUAUAACCCCAGGGCAGUGUGUGUCUGCACUUGAGCCCAUGAAAGACCCCAGCAGCUCUAUUUGGCAAAGCUGAAUGUCUAAUACUACUUACAUCACUAAUCAAGCCUUCUAAUGUCAUUGAGGUUUGGUUACUUUGUUUGCUAAGCCAGCAUCCUAAUUUGCAUAGCUGAGUUAAUGAAGCAGAUACUCCUACACCUGGAGCAAAUAUACUAGUUGCUAUUAUUGCUGAGGGAGACCAAAGGUAACAUGGUCAUCACAUUUGCCAGUAAAUGCAUGCACAAAUUGUUUUGGAUGAUGGUGUUUCCAAAUCAUUGUGUGAUCAGGCAUCAAGACCGUCAGUUGUCCCAAACUGCGUGGUCCCCCCUGUGAUCUCGAGGCUAUUCCAGGCCAUGCCUGGUCCCCACAGAUCAGAAGCAUUCCCUUUGGUAACUGCAUAGGCACAAGACUAGGCCUGGAUCUUUUUGGUGCAGUAUAAUUGCACCAAGAUGUCGUGUUCUUAUACAUGCCCAGGAUGGGAUCCACAUUCUGUCCCAAAUGUUUUGGUAUUGCUGGUAAAAUUAAACAUAACACAAAAAUCCAUCUUUAUAGAUCCCAAUAAUUCUAACUCCUGUGGCUCUGUUGUCAUUAUUGGCAACCAUGAAAUGAUCAAACCCCAGCUGUCAACUUUGCCAUUACCCCUAACUAAGGGAUUUGUUUUUAAUGCCUUUGGUACAGGCCAUUGUGCCACAUCUGAUGGAACUCCCACCAAACAGGUAGAAAAAGGAUUAUCUGGAGUGGCCAUUGAUAAACAUAUUGUAGACUGAUUGAUUGCUUUGGCCAGUGUAACCCACAUGUUGUGCUUGGGUUGUUGAAAUUGCCUAAAACCAUUUAGCACAAUCAUUUGAAACAUCAACAGUGUGACAAAAUCCAUUUUUUUUUUUACUCCUGAUCAAAAACAAUCCUUCACCAAUGAGUCUAAAACACAAAGCACCUUUUAGCUUCUCAAUGUCAAAUGUUCUGUUCUUCCAAGUUCCAUUCCUGACACCUAAACCACCUUAGAAAGUUUCCACUGUCAGAAAACCACUGUUCAUCAUCACAUUUACAGCAAAAUGCACGGCAUCACGGCCAACAGUUUUUACACUCGUUGAGGCAAGGGACUGAGGAUGGAAAGGACGAGCCCAGCGGUCCGUGAGGGCCGGGGCCGGCGGCGUCAGCGUGGUGUGUGGGGGGGGGCUCCGGAGACACCGACCGGGCGCGGGAAGCGGCUGCGCGGCGGCGGCUGCGGAUGGAAGGGGCGGAGGGAGUCUGGCUCACUCCGUGCCGGGCCCGGCGCCGGCGGCACAGUCGCUGUUACUCUCUCCUGUGUUUUCUUUGUCUCCCCUUGCGUGCCCGAUGGUGCCCAGUCUGACAUGGGGUCGUGCUCCCCCCUUCUCCUCUGAUCAUCCUGCACACCCCAAUCAGCGACAGCACCGGGCUGUGUUUCAGCGGUACAGGCCACAUGAGGCUGUGUUUCAGGGGUACAGGCCGCACCGGGCUGUGUUUCAGUGGUACGGGCCGCACCGGGCUGUGUUUCAGCGGUACGGGCCGCACCGGGCUGUGUUUCAGCGGUACGGGCUGCACCGGGCUGUGUUUCAGCAGUACGGGCCGCACCGGGCUGUGUUUCACAGGUACAGACCAGACAAAUGGGUCAGUUUUAAGUCCACCCCCCGCUUUUCUAACAAGCGAUGUAAAAGUGAGAGUGCUGCCUCCUUAUCCAUGUUGCCGGCUCCUCGUCUCACCGCAAGCUGUAGUCACUCCCCCGGGUACAGCAACCUCCGCUUGGGAUCCGGCAGGCUUCCUCCUCCGACGACUGCCUCUGCCUCCGGGUUUUCAAGUCUCAGCUCCCCGCAGGCCGGCUCUUUACCCAGUAAAACCCAGUGAGAGUCCCUGUUCGGGCGCCAUUUGCCGUGAAGUUUUUGGCUCUUGGCCUAAAAAAAACAGCUCGUGGCCUAAAAAACCAGCUCAAAGCCUGAAAAAGAAAAACAACUCCAAGCCUACUUCAUGCGGCGAUCAACCCAGGGUCCGAUUCUCAGCUGGGUGGGAAGAAAUCAAUCCUACUCAGUGUGAGUGAUAGCAGAAAUCUUCUUCCCUUUAUUGAGAGCAGGCUCUAACUUACAUACACAGCAGCUUCAAAGCUAGCUCAGCAACAGCAGCUGGUAGGUUACAUUUUCAUGUUCAUCCUGCUUGCAGUUCCUGUGAUAAGCAAGCCUCCCUUCCUGUCUUGUUUUUCCCCAAAGUUGUUAACCACCUUUAGCCGAAAACAGUCCGACCUUGAGGGAACAGAAAGCGGCCUGCUGUCUACGUGACAGCAACUGCUUUAACCAUGGCUCUGACUCUGGUCUUGAUUGUGCAUCAAAUCCAUAUAACUAGAGCCCAGGCUGCCUUGCCCCAACGGGCCCAGCAUUAUACCCCGGGAUCCAUGUCUGUGCUCCCUCAAGUUUUUCUCCACAAGCAUGGACGCUCAGCCCUGCCUGCUCCCUCUCCCAGUGCAGGCCCUGGCAGAGCCCACAGCAGGGCUGCCUGCAGUCACUCACAUGGGGCCUGGGCACAGCAGGGAGCUCUUGGGCUCAAAAAACUGUCCUUCAGAAGCUCCCAGCUCUGCUCACCUCCUUUGUCCCUCAGGGCAGUUUCCCAGGGGAUCUCAUCCACUCUCUUUAAGUUCAGGGUCCUGACUCUACCUGGCAAAUUUACCGAGGGAGCAUCAAUCCCCUCAUCCAGAUCAUUGAGAAGGGUGUUAAACAGAACAGGGCCCAGCACUGAGCCCUGAGGAACACACUGGUGACCAGCCAACAACUGGCUUUUGGAGGAGAGGAGCCUGAGGGGUGAGCUCAGGAAUGGUUACAGAUGCAUCAAGGGUGGGUGUGAGGAGGCUGGAGCCAGGCUGUGCUCAGGGAUGGCCAGUGACAGGACAAGGGGCAACAAGCUGGAACUGAAGAGGUUCCAGAGCAACACAAGGACAAAGUUGUUCCUUGUUGAGGUGUGAGAGCACUGGCAGGGGCUGCCCAGAUGGGCUGUGGAGGCUCCUUCUCUGGAGACAUUCCAACCCAGCUGGAGGAGUUCCUGAGUGCCCUGCUCUAAGUGGUGCUGCCCUGGCAGGGGGUUGCACUGGGUGAGCUUUGCAGGUUUAUUAAGGCCAAGAGCCAAAAACUUUGCGGCACGUGAGCAGCAACGUGGCCUCGUGGGCAAGAAGCCAACAGCAGCCUGGGGGCAUCCAGCAGAGUGUGGGCAGCAGGGCCAGGGAGCUUCUGCUCCCCCUCUGCUCUGCCACAUGUGCUGAGGCCUCAGCUGGAGUCCUGUGCCCAGUUGUGGGCUCCCCAGCUGCAGAGGGACAGGGAACUGCUGCAGAGAGGCCAGUGCAGGGCCACCCAGAUGCUCAGGGCACUGGAGCAUCUUCCUUCUGAGGAAAGGCUGCUGGACUUUGGACAGUUCAGCUUGGAGGAGACUGAGGGGGGACCUCGUUAAGACUUACAAGUGCUGAAAGCUGCAUGCCAAGGAGAUGAGGCAGCAGGGAGGGUUUUUCCUGUAGCGUCCAGUGACAGGACAGGGGGUAUUGAACAAAAGCUGUAACACAAACAAUUCCCCUUAAGGAAAAACUUCUUUUCUGUUGAGGUGAGGGAGCCCUGGCCCAGGCUGCCCAGGGAGGGUGUGGAGGCUCCUUCUUGGCAGGUUUCCAAACCCACUUGGACACCUUCCUGUUGUAACGGUGCAAGCAAUAUUCAUUCAAAGAUGUAGACAGGCUGGGUAAUGCACCUGCAGAGACAUACACAGCCAACACAGUGCAACCAACAGAGGGACUCAAAGCCAGCCUUCCUUGGCUGGCUACUUCCUUAUAUGCUGCUUCUGCCCAUGUGAUCACCCAGGGCCCAACUGAUUAACUUGCAGCACCUGUUUCUGAUAGUUGGAAGUAGCUUGCCAGCUGCAUUAACUUGUCCCCACCAUCUUUAUUCAAGCUGGCUGGUCCAAGUCAUAUUUGUACCUACAAAUAUUUGGUUCUGUCAUGCUGUUUGAAGAACUCUGUCCGUCCCUGGGACUUCUUGAGCUACUGCUUGAAACGUGACAGGCCAGACAUGGGGAGCACUGGUUAAGGUUUGAUGACGGAGCUUUAUUGUUUUUACCACAGCACUUUGCGUCCCUCAAACAACAGGGAACAAAUCCAGGUUUGUUGACACGAAGGGUAACAAAGAGUUUCCAGCUGUAGAAAAUGGUUC